AUGGUUGUUCAGAAGUUCAUCGCAUUAUUCCUUUUGUUUGUUGUGGUCAACGGCGGUGUUUUGAGUGGGUUCCGACUGAAAAUAAACUUCAAAUCUUCCUUGUUUUCAGAAAACCGAGAAGAUUGGCCAGUUUCUCACGAAGGAUUCGUGUGCGGAGAACAGAAAUGUCCAGAUGACCAGAGGUGCGCUAUUCACAAGUAUCAGGUUCCGAAAUGACACUUCAGAUGCGAAAUGCCAACUUCUGACAAUGAAUGUGGUGAUGAGGACGGAUGUUCGUUCGCUCCAAAAUGCGUUCCUAUCCGUCAGUUCUAAAGAGCUUCUGAGGGGAAUAAAAAGCGAAAUGUUUAGCUGUUGCAACCCCGAAAUGCGGCGAGAAUGAGGAGCUCAAAGAGUGUGGUUCGGCGUGUGAGCCAACGUGCGAGAAUGCGAAUCCGGUAAGCGGAAAAGGAACGUUUCACUGAACCCCGAAUGUUGUUUAGGUGUGUGCUGCCGUGUGCCUCACAAAUGUUUGUCAAUGCAAAAAGGGUUUGAUUCGGGACGCGGAUUCCGGCAAGUGCGUCGAGAAGUCCAGCUGCCACAAAUGUUCGUUGACGUGUGAUGCGAAUGAGAAAUGCGAAGUUGUGGAGCUGAACUGUGAACGAGGAGAACCAUGUCCGACCACGGAAGUCUGUGCGGCUCAGACUGUACAUUCUGACUGAAAUAAAUACUUCUCUUCUCCCUCAACAAUAAAAUGCUUGUCGCGGCACACAUUUGUUGGUUCUUCUUCUUCUUCUUUUCCUCUUUUAUUUUAGUCUACAUUCUCACGUGUUUCUCUUCAAAAAACGGGCGGUUUCGUCGGCAGCAACUGUGGCUUCGCUGUGUUCCGAGACGAUAAAAGCCGGGGUGAUCGGGCCGAUCACGUCAGUUGGCAGUGUCUUUCUGAUCAUGGUGAGUUGAUCUUUCUGUUUUUCGCUAUAACAAACAUUUUGAUUUCAGAAGUUCAUUCUCGUUCUCGUCCUGUGCUGCGUCGCUCUCAGCGCCGCCGUUAGUAAGUUUUUUGAGCUCAUCAUUAUAGCGAUAACGUCGAGUUCAUUCUAAUUUUCAGAAACAUGCAAUGAAAACGAGGAGCUUGUUGCGUGCCAUAACACCUGCGAACCACAAUGCGGAUACACCCCGGUCAGUCACAUUCCUCUGACAUCCACCGAAAUCCACCGUGUUUCCAGAAAGCGUGCACCGAGCAAUGUCUGAUGGAUUACUGUGACUGCAAGGACGGAUUCGUGCGCAACAACCAGGGCGCCUGCGUGGACCCGAUCCUCUGCACCGCCGCCACCACCACUUGUCCUCAAAACGAACAGUUGCGGGAGUGCGGAACCGCUUGCGAACCGACCUGCGAGAACCCGAAACCGCAGUUCUGCACGAAGCAGUGUCUCGUGAAUGUGUGCCAGUGCACGGCUCCGUUCGUUCGUUUCGGUCUCGGAUGCAUCAAGAAGGAGGACUGCCCGAAGUAAUUAUGUUCCGUUUUAUAUGAACCGCCGCAAUAAAUACAGUUAUUAUCAUCGACCUGAUACAUUUCCAAACGGCAAGACGUUUCAGUGACAUGACUAAACAAACACGUCUUUUCAUUUUCAGACAAUGUUUCAGAUCAGAAAUGCAUGCAAUGCUUUUCCGGAACGCACGAAUGUUUCGCAAGCCGACGAAGAGAAUCCUAAAACCAAUGAUAUUCACUGUACUCAUUCCCUCUGUCAUUCUCAUUGCGACGUUCAUCUAUGUUAUUGUGCGAUUCGAAAUAGAGAACAACGCGUGUGGCUUGAACGAACAGUGGCAAGAAUGCGCCGAUGAAUGUCGAAUGACUUGCUUUGACCAUAUGCUUAAAGUUGGUGCCCUUUUCACAUUUCAUCUGUUAAUAUUCAUAAUUCCCAGAAACACUGCAAAAACUCUUGUUCACCGGCUGUCCUCCUACGUAAUGAUUCGAGAUACACCUGGAGUUGCCACUGCUCCGAUGGUUUUGUUCGGUUCGGACGAGGAUUGUGUGUGAGAAAGGAUGAAUGUCCGAACCAAACCAAUAAUUAAACAAACUUAAAAUGCUCACACUUUCCCUUUUCGAAUGAACCUCACGAUUAUCUCUCUUCCUUUCUCUCGUAAUUGUACAGCACUGCCAAUCCGAAUCCGCCUUCGUGUGACUUCUUGAGACCGCCCAAAUCUGGCCCACUCCUCGCUCGUUUCUAGCCAUAAAUAGUCUUUUUUUCCAGGUUUCUGCUCUUUCUUUUUUGGUUGCCAGUCACGACAACUAAUCCAGCGGGGACAAUGGCAAGUUUAGUAUGUUUCUCACGUUCAUCGCGCUCUUCUUCCAGACGUCAAUCCUCUUCUUUGGCACGUUCUUCGUUGUCGGCUGUCUUGCCACGUGGAUCCAGUCAGUCACUUCGCUUCCCGAAUGCCAGAAGAACGAGAAACGCGUCGCUUGCGGCUAUGACUGUGAACCGCAGUGCGGAUUCAGUCCGGUCAGCACCCGAUCCAGCACACUUUCCCAACAAUUACUCUCCUUUCAGAACAUUUGCAGUUUCGAGUGCCGCCCGAAUGUGUGCGUCUGCAAGGACGGCUUUGUGCGGAACACUCUAAACGAGUGUGUUCGUCGUCUGGAAUGCACCGCCGAGACGAGCCGAUGCCCCGAGUUCGAAGAGUUCACCGAGUGCGGAUCCGUGUGCCAGCCGACCUGCGAGGAGCCGAAUCCGACGGCGCCGUGCCUGUACAAACGAUGCGUUCGCAACACGUGCCGAUGCGUUCCCGGAUACCUCCGAUACAGCGGAGUGUGCGUGGCUCCGGAAGAGUGUCCGGCUAUCAAUCACCGCCCGCUUGAAAUAUUUUCUUUGUAA